AUGACGAAAGACAACACUCGCUUUGUCCCGCUUGUCGCAGCGCCUCCACUCCGACCUCGUCGACAACGCCUGUCAUGGAAAUGGGACUUGGACGCCAGAGGCAUGGAAAGAUGUGGCACCAAGCUGCUGGUGCACGCCGGCGCACCGAGCUCGAAGAGACAGGAUGAUGGAUAUAUUGCGCAGGCAGAAGCUUAUGCGAGCGCUUUGGAGGGUCAUCGUGGGAGAGUUAGGAUAUGGGAGGCUCGAGAGGAUAGGCGCUUGUUGACAGUUGAGCCUGGAGCUGGUGAAGCGACUAAGGCGCUCGAGGACAUGACGAGUAUAGAAGACCAAGUCCAGGCGAGUAGUCAAGUUAAUCAAAACUUUGAGCAGGCAGAGUUGGAGAGGAGUUCUACGAAACGGCUACGGGCGCCGGAUUCGUUGGAGUAUAUCGAUGAUACUCAGCUGGCUUGUACUGCGCUGGAAAGUCAGUUGUUUGCGUCUUCUCCCGUCGUAGCGGCGCAUACAGGCACCUCCAAGGAUGUUCAUUCGGUUGUAAGCAGCGUGGAAAAUCGUGGGUCUUCGAGUCAACAACAGGCCAGGAGUAGUGGCAAGGGCUGCACACAGAGGUCUCCGCUCGCAAGAAAGCCGGCGAGUGUUUCUACAAGCACCACCCCGCCUCGGCGACGUGCAGAAAGUGCGCCGGUCAGCCAGUCUUCAUAUAUUAGAACGCCACUUUCUGGUCGAGCAAGCAAGCGCGUGCGGCGAGAAUCCCCUGAGCGCCACGAUUUUGAGCCCGCGAACCUGUUCCGACCGAUCCAAGAGCAGCCUCUACCUCGUCCGGAUCCUUCAGGGCAGGCAUCGACGAUCGCCCUCGGCCAUCAUAGUGGAGAUGAGAAUUCCGCUGAAGGCACCACUUUCAGCGACGAAACGACUUCAGAGCUGCCCACUUCUUACUCCGUGAGCGAUUUGGUCUCGGACAGUCAGGGCAAUAGCCUCCAGGAUCGAGUGCGCAAUGGCAGAUCGAAUAGCGACCCCGGCCCAGUCUCGCACAGUCUCGAUGACACGUUUGAUCCUCCGUCUGAUCUGCUUCAGUCUGAACAGCGCGAUGUCACAGUUGAGGAACCUUUUGCUGAAGUACGCGCUUCGGAGCCAAACCCAGCCGAUGCUGGGAGCGGUGAUGCUGACCAGUCAGAUGUCGGUGCGAGUCCGGUACAUGUUCAGGAACAGGUGCCGCACGAUUCAACACGAGCGAAUGCAUACCUUGACAACGAUCACAAAGCCCCACGACCGCGCCAUGUUGAUCCAUCUGCUGAAGUGGAAGAAGCUCCGUCUGAACUCCUCGAACUUGCCACAGAAAUUCAUGCCCCCCGGCCAACUACUUCUGCGAAAACAUUCAAAACCUACAUUACCAAAGAAUUGCGGGACCUGCACGACUCCCUUGCUUCCAAAUUCAGCCCCACCAUGGCAUCGCGGCCCAUUUCUACCCAUGAGAGAGGCCACUGGUUGAUUGACUGCGUAUCGUGGCGUCCGACUAAGAAGCUUACUUUUUGGCAUCACUUGGAGUGUUGGAUUGGCAACGGCAGUGCAGGAUGGGGCGUGUGGUGCACGCGAGGGUCCGACCAAUAUCUUGUGCCGAGCAAUAGCCUUGCACGGCCAUCGAACGCCGCCGAUGCGCGAGGACAAUUUCGGUUCGUGCGAGUAUACUGCUGGGGAGAGACCGUCAGUCAUAUUUAUGUCUUGCUAUACACUGCGAGUGAAGGCAGCGUCAGGAAACUUGGACUGCAAUGGAUUGACUCCAAAGGAGAUGUGGUGGUUCGGAUGAAAGGGCCGAAUGAUUGAGCAUCUGUGCUGAUCACAGUCCGAUAUCCUUUUCGGGUUGGUUCAUGUGUAAAUUGCAUCAUUGAAUACUGCAAGAGCUCUUCGGCAGCUCAUGGUAUACAGAUAUGAAUUUCAGCGCGUCUGCUGAAGAAAUUUUUUUCAUGCUUUUGAAUUAGGC